AUGAGGGCGAAGAAGCAGAGCCUCAGGAGGUCCCUCAGCCUAGCCCACGCCAUAUACCCAAUAUUCAUUCCCACGUCCUUACACUCCAAUAUUCCCACGCCCUUAACCAAUAUUCCCACGCCCACUAUAUUCACGCCCUUAUCAAUAUUCCACGUCCUUCCAAUAUUCCCACGCCCUUACCCAAUAUUCCACCUUACCCAAUAUUCCCACGCCCUUAUACAAUAUUCACACCCCUUACCCAAUAUUCCCACGCCCUUACCCAAUAUUCCACGCCCUUACCCAAUAUUCCCACGCCCUUAUCCAACAUUCCACGCCUUUACCCAAUAUUCCCACGCCCUUACCCAAUAUUCCACGCCCUACCCAAUAUUCCACGCCCUUACCCAAUAUUCCACGCCCUUAUCAACAUUCCCACGCCUUUCCAAUAUUCCCACGCCCUUACCCAAUAUUCCCGCCUUUACCCAAUAUUCCCACGCCCUUCCAAUAUUCCACGCCCUUAUCCAACAUUCCACGCCUUUACCCAAUAUUCCCGCCUUUCCAAUAUUCCCGCCCUUACCCAAUAUUCCACGCCUUUACCCAAUAUUCCCACGCUACCCAAUAUUCCACGCCCUUACCCAAUAUUCCCAUAUACCCAAUAUUCCGCCUUUACCCAAUAUUCCCACUUACCCAAUAUUCCCGCCUUUCCCAAUAUUCCCGCCUUUACCCAAUAUUCCACGCCCUUACCCAAUAUUCCACGCCUUUACCCAAUAUUCCCGCCCUACCCUAUAUUCCACGCCCUUAUCAAUAUUCCACGCCUUUACCCAAUAUUCCGCCCUCAAUAUUCCCGCCUUUACCCAAUAUUCCACGCCUUUCCUCCCACGCCCUUCCAAUAUUCCCACGCCCUUACCUAUUCCACGCUCUUACCCAAUUUCCCACGCCCUUACCCAAUAUUCCCACGCCCUUACCCAAUAUUCCCACGCUCUUACCCAAUAUUCCCACGCCCUUACCCAAUAUUCCCGCCCUUACCCAAUAUUCCCACGCUCUUACCCAAUAUUCCCACGCCCUUCCAAUAUUCCACGCUCUUACCCAAUAUUCCCGCCCUUCCAAUAUUCCACGCCUUAUCAAUAUUCCCACGCCCUUACCCAAUAUUCCCGCCCAUACCCAAUAUUCCCAGGCCCUUAUCCAAUAUUCCCGCCUUUACCCAAUAUUCCCACGCCCUUACCCAAUACUCCACGCCCUUAUCCAAUAUUCCACGCCCUUACCCUAUAUUCCCACGCCCUUACCCAAUAUUCCACGCCCUUACCCAAUAUUCCACGCCCUUAUCCAAUAUUCUCGCCUUUACCCAAUAUUCCAUUACCCAAUACUCCACGCCCUUACCCAAUACUCCCACGCCUUAUCCAAUAUUCCCACCUUACCAUUUUCGCCCUUCCCAUCAAUUACCCACCUUAUUUUACCCAACUUUCCCACAUCCACCUAUUACGCCUUACCCACUAA